AUGCGUCGUGCGUUGUUUUUGCGUAUAGUUAAUGCCGUCGCAUCCGAUCCAUACUUCCAACAACGCACGGAUGGGCUUGGGAGACCCGGCUUCACACCGUUGCAGAAAUGCACGGUUGUUGUUCGUAUGCUAGCUAACGGUGGGGCAGCGGACCAGUACAACGAGUAUCUCCAGAUUGCAGAGUCCACCUCGUUGGAGUGCUUGCGUAGAUUCUGUCGAGCCAUUAUUCACCUCUUCGGCGCGGAAUACUUGAGGAGGCCAACUUCCACCGACUGCCAACGUCUUCUAGCAAUGCACGAGGCGAAGCACGGCUUCCCGGGAAUGCUAGGGAGCCUCGAUUGCAUGCAUUGGCCGUGGAAGAAUUGUCCAACGGCGAUCAGGGAGAACCGACCAUCAUCCUCGAAGCCGUCGCAUCGCAAGAUCUAUGGAUCUGGCAUGCUUUUUUUGGGACUCCUGCCGGUAUUCGUGAAGAGUCCUACACAUCCGACGGAUCCGAAGGGGAAGAGAUUCAAAGUGAUGCAGAAAGCGGCUCUCAAGGAUAUUGAACGAGCCUUCGGCGUCCUUCAAGCUCAUUGGGCAAUCGUCAAAGGCCCAUCGCGUCUUUGGAGCAAGGAGGAGAUGAGCGACAUCAUGUUCACGUGCAUCAUUUUGCACAACAUGAUCAUCGAAGACGAAGGCGAGCACGCAACACAGUGGGAAGAAGACAUCGACGAAGCUUCGAGUAGCGCCGCAUCUCAACCUCGUGCCGGUGCUCCGUCGGAUUUUCGUGCAUUUCUUGCACGACAAGCAUCCAUGCGAGACGCGAAGAUGCAUGCUCGCCUCACUUUGGACUUGAAGGAGCACAUUUGGUCAAAAAAUGAUGAUUCUAAAUACAUUGUGGUAUCCGAUGAGCCACGUUAA